UCCGGGAGCGGCGGGUGGUCGGCGCGGCGUGCUCGGCGGCGGCUCUAGGCGUUCGGGUGCCUGCGGGGAACGGACUGACGGACGGACGCACGCACGCACGCGCGGGGCGGCGAGGCGACGGCGGCGGGUCUCCAGGUGGCGGCGUCGGGCUCUGGGAGCUGCAGCGGCACAAGGAGAGGAUGGCGGAGUCUUCGGACAAGCUCUACCGAGUCGAGUACGCCAAGAGUGGCCGCGCCUCCUGCAAGAAAUGCAGCGAGAGCAUCCCCAAGGACUCGCUCCGGAUGGCCAUCAUGGUGCAGUCUCCCAUGUUCGAUGGCAAGGUCCCACACUGGUACCACUUCUCCUGCUUCUGGAAGGUCGGCCACUCCAUCUGGCAGCCUGAUGUUGAGGUGGAUGGGUUCUCUGAGCUCCGGUGGGAUGACCAGCAGAAAGUUAAGAAGACUGCGGAGGCUGGAGGGGUGACAGGCAAAGGCCAAGAUGGCGUUGGCGGCAAGACGGAGAAGACACUGGGUGACUUUGCAGCGGAGUACGCCAAGUCCAACAGGAGCACGUGCAAGGGCUGCAUGGAGAAGAUAGAAAAGGGCCAGAUGCGUCUGUCCAAGAAGAUGCUGGACCCGGAGAAGCCCCAGCUGGGCAUGAUCGACCGCUGGUACCACCCGUCCUGCUUUGUUCAGAGCAGAGAGGAGCUGGGCUUCCGGCCCGAGUACAGCGCCAGCCAGCUCAAGGGCUUCAGCCUGCUCUCCCCCGAGGAUAAGGAAGCCCUGAAGAAGCAGCUCCCGGGAGUCAAGGGCGAAGGAAAGAGAAAAGGCGAUGAGGUGGACGGAAUGGACCAAGUGGCCAAGAAGAAAUCAAAAAAAGACAAGGAUAGUAAGCUCGAAAAGGCCCUCAAGGCCCAGAACGAGCUGAUCUGGAACAUCAAGGACGAGCUGAAGAAAGCAUGUUCCACAAACGACCUCAAAGAGCUGCUCAUCGCCAACCAGCAGCAGAUCCCCUCCGGGGAGUCGGCGAUCUUGGACCGAGUAGCCGAUGGCAUAGUGUUUGGAGCCCUCCUUCCUUGCGAGGACUGCUCAGGCCAGCUGGUCUUCAAGAGCGAUGCUUAUUACUGUACUGGGGAUGUCACCCCCUGGACCAAAUGUAUGGUCAAGACACAGACACCCAACCGGAAGGAGUGGGUGACUCCAAAGGAAUUCCGAGAAAUCUCUUACCUCAAGAAAUUGAAGGUCAAAAAGCAAGACCGUAUAUUCCCGCCAGACACCAGCGCCCCAGUGGUGGCAGCACCGCCGCCCGCCUCAGCCUCUGCGCCCAUGACCAUGAACUCAUCUGCCCCGCCAGAUAAGCCAUUGUCCAACAUGAAGAUCCUGACUCUUGGGAAACUGUCCCGGAACAAGGAGGAAGUGAAGGCCACAAUCGAGAAACUCGGGGGGAAGUUGACAGGGACGGUCAACAAGGCCUCCCUGUGCAUCAGUACCAAGAAGGAGGUAGAAAAAAUGAAUAAAAAGAUGGAGGAGGUAAAAGAAGGCAACAUUCGCGUCGUGUCUGAGGAUUUCCUCCAGGACGUUGCCGCCUCCACCAAGAGCCUUCAGGAGGUGCUUUCAGCCCACAUCUUGUCCCCCUGGGGUGCCGAGGUGAAGGCGGAGCCUGUCGAAGUUGUGGCCCCAAAAGGGAAGUCGGCUGCGGUCUCUAAGAAGAGCAAGGGCCCCAUCAAGGAGGAAGGAAUCAAUAAAUCUGAAAAGAAAAUGAAAUUAACUCUUAAAGGAGGAGCCGCUGUCGAUCCUGACUCUGGUCUGGAACACUCUGCACACGUCUUGGAGAAAGGCGGAAAGGUCUUCAGCGCCACCCUCGGCCUGGUGGACAUCGUUAAAGGAACCAACUCCUAUUACAAGCUGCAGCUCUUGGAGGAUGACAAAGAGAGCAGGUACUGGAUAUUCAGAUCCUGGGGCCGCGUGGGCACGACGAUCGGUAGUAACAAACUGGAGCAGGUGCCGUCCAGGGAGGAUGCCGUCGACCUCUUCAUAAAAUUGUAUGAAGAGAAAACUGGGAAUGCCUGGCUCUCCAAAAACUUCACAAAGUAUCCCAAAAAGUUCUACCCCCUGGAGAUUGACUAUGGCCAGGAUGAGGAGGCUGUAAAGAAGCUGACGGUGAACCCUGGCACCAAGUCCAAGCUCCCCAAGCCAGUGCAGGAGCUCAUUAAGAUGAUCUUUGAUGUGGAAAGUAUGAAGAAGGCCAUGGUGGAGUACGAGAUUGACCUCCAGAAGAUGCCCUUGGGGAAGUUGAGCAAAAGGCAGAUCCAGGCCGCAUACUCCAUCCUCAGCGAGGUCCAGCAGGCAGUGUCCCAGGGCAGCAGCGACGCCCAGAUCCUGGAUCUCUCGAAUCGCUUCUACACCUUGAUCCCCCACGACUUCGGGAUGAAGAAGCCUCCGCUCCUGAACAACGCAGACAGCGUGAAGGCCAAGGUGGAAAUGCUGGACAACCUGCUGGACAUCGAGGUGGCCUACAGUUUGCUCAGGGCUGGGUCUGAGGACAGCAGCAAGGACCCCAUCGACGUCAACUAUGAGAAGCUCAGAACCGACAUUCAGGUGGUGGACAGAGAUUCUGAGGAAGCUAAGAUCAUCAGGAAAUACGUCAAGAACACUCACGCGACCACACACAAUGCGUAUGACUUGAAAGUCAUCGAUAUCUUUAAGAUAGAGCGUGAAGGGGAGAGCCAGCGCUACAAGCCGUUCAAGCAGCUGCAUAACCGAAGGCUGCUGUGGCAUGGGUCCAGGACCACCAACUUUGCUGGAAUCCUGUCCCAGGGUCUCCGGAUCGCCCCACCUGAAGCGCCUGUGACUGGCUACAUGUUCGGUAAAGGGAUCUAUUUCGCCGACAUGGUCUCCAAGAGUGCCAACUACUGCCACGCGUUUCAGGGAGACCCAGUAGGCUUGAUCCUGUUGGGAGAGGUUGCCCUUGGAAACAUGUAUGAACUGAAGCAUGCUUCGCACAUCAGCAAGUUACCCAAGGGCAAGCACAGUGUCAAAGGUUUGGGCAAAACCACCCCUGACCCUUCAGCCAGCAUUACUCUGGACGGUGUAGAGGUUCCUCUCGGGACCGGGGUUCCGUCUGGCGUGAACGACACCUGUCUGCUGUAUAAUGAGUACAUCGUCUACGACAUUGCUCAGGUAAAUCUGAAGUACCUGCUGAAGCUGAAAUUCAAUUUCAAGACGUCCCUGUGGUGAACUGGGAGGUUCGGCUGAGUCGCAGCCCAGGGACACUGGCAUGAACUCGCCUGCUGUGCUUCACACUGACCUCCGCUGGGUUGCCGAGGGGUCAGGGGUCAUUCCUUCACUGGAUUUCCUCAGAAAGAUUUGAACUUUGGUCACAUGUUAAACGAUUUUUCCCAACUUUUCA